AUAAAUCUGAAUCAGAUGUGUUGCUGAGUAGGUUAUAACAAUCCACAAUUCACAUCAUAAAAGAGUCUAACAACUUGUGUCAUUGCAUAUCAUUGACUCCUGGUGGAAGUGACAGCUGUCUCCAGACUGUCCCUGCCCCUCCUCCCCUGCCGUACCACCCCCAUCUCAGGGGACUUAUGUAUGGUGUCAUGGACAGUGACACGAGUCUAGGAUUAGCUUAUUAAGAAGGACAUCUUUGAUCUGAGGUUACCUGUCCCAUUUCCAUGGGUAUCUGAUCAUAUCCUGUACUUGUAAGACACACAGGCGUGUGAGGAUAUACACACCUUGUAUAUACACACGCACGAAUGGGCCUUAAAGCCCUAGAGAGCAGGGCCCAGGCCCAACAGAGAUAUGAAGUGUAGAUGUGCAGCAACAGCUAAACGUCGUGUCAGGUUUCUGGGGGCUCGUGCUAAAUUUAACCCUGUGAUCCUGCGGCAGGCAGAGGGGUUUAAAUGCCGGCCUACAGUUGCUCCACACCAGUUGUUCCUCACAAUUCUUCCACUUAUCACAAACUGGGGCCAGACUGAAGACAAGCAAGCACACGUACAGUCCAGCACGCACGCUCCAGGUGGGGAUCCGACAACCACGUACAGUAGAGCAGUUCAGGGGGAUCAGGGAUUUUUAUCCCCUACAUCCAGGCUACAUGGAGCUUUUUGAGACCAACCCUUACUUCUUCCCUGACCAGCGCUUCUACGAGGGAGGAGACACCUAUUUCCCCACUCGCCUACCCGGGGCGUACGACCAAGCAGGCUACCAGGAGAGGAACUCCAUUAUGGGGUUGUGUGGGAGUCUGUCUGGCGGUGUUGGAGUCGGGGUGACAGGGACAGAAGACAAAGUGUCUCCAUCCAGCCUGUCGCCUCACGCUGAGCCCCACUGCCCGGGUCAGUGUCUGCCCUGGGCCUGCAAGCUGUGCAAACGGAAGACGGUAACAAUGGACCGUCGAAGGGCAGCCACUCUGCGAGAGAAAAGGCGUCUGAAGAAGGUGAAUGAGGCCUUUGAUGCUCUGAAGAGGAGCACGCUGAUGAACCCCAAUCAGAGGCUGCCCAAAGUGGAGAUCCUGCGGAGUGCCAUCCAGUACAUCGAAAGGCUGCAAGCUCUGGUGUCCUCUCUCAACCAGCAGGACACUGAGUCAGGACAGCUGGGACUGCACUACCGGCCGAGCCCAGCUCAACCCAGAGGGUCGUCCUCCAGUGAGCCCAGUUCGGGCAGCACCUGCUGCAGCAGUCCUGAGUGGAGCAGCACCCCGGAGCAGUGCACACAGAGCUACAGCAGUGAGGAUCUCCUGAGUGCUGCCGACUCUCCAGAGCAGGGGAACAUGCACGCCCUGGUGUCCAUCGUAGACAGCAUCUCUGCGGAGGACGGAGCUGUGGCCUUUCCUGUGGACAUUCCCAAAUAGAGCCACUGCACAGCAAACCCAUGGAAGCACAGGGAGCCCAAAAAGAAGCUGAAUGACACUCGUGGCAAGGCCACAUAUAUGCAGCAUGAAAACCAAUCCCAAAUUCCAACUUUCUUUGAUGCUUUUAUGCUAAAUUUGAAAUGUUAUAUAUGUGAAUUGUCACUCUGCUAAUCUGAGGGCCUGUUUGCCAAAAACAAUUCCUCUUUCGGUAUUCAUGAUGAGGCCUUAUUCCCAUUGUUUCCUGCCUUAUCCUGUGGUCCAGACCUGUGUGUCAAAGCUUCAGGAGCUCAGUCUGAGUUGAGAUUCAAGAACUUUCCUGCAUGCCAUUACCACCCAAGACGACAGUGGAUCUCUACCAGGCUGGCCUCCAGUCUCCAAGUCUCAAUGUAGUUUUAUCCCCCCCCUUACUGAAAGCUACAGUAUGUAGGAUUUAGGGGUGUUUAUUAACAGAAAAGGAAUAUAGCAUUCAUACCCGUGGUUUCAUUAGUUUGUAAUUACCUACAAUGAAUUCAUGUUUUCAUAAGCUUAAAAUGAGUCAUUUAUAUCUACAUGGGAGUGGGCGCCCCCAUGGAGGGCGUCAUGUUGCACCACCAUGUUGAUACAGUAGCCCAAAAGGGACAUGACAUCCUCCAUCUUUUGCAUUUUACAGUGCAGCCAGAAGAUGGAAACAAAAAGAGGAGCAAUCAGCGGUUUCUCCUAUAUACACACCAUCUGCCGGUUACUAUCGUCCAGGCUCAUAAUCUUCAAAUAAUAAUCUUCGAAUAACCCUCAUUUAAAAAAAAUGGAGGGUCAUACGUAUGGCUUAUAAGAAGAGAAGGGAAGGGAGCAUGAGUCCUUGUAGCCAAAGAAGCAAAAAUGUCAAGAGAAGAAAAAAUCAUUACUGUCGACAGCAUGAUCCAAUCUGAAACCUCACCACUAUUGACAACAAACUGUAACUUUAAUUUAAAAAUGUCCUGUCCAGGGUGUACCCCACCUCAUGCCCUAUGACUGCUGGGAUAGGGUCCAGCCCGCCCCCCUGUGACCGUUAAUUGGAGUAAGCGGUUGAAGAUGAGUGAUGAGUCAGUGUAUUUUACUUUUUAAAAGACCUUUCAUUGCUCUUUCAUUCUUUUUUGUGUGUGUUUUUAAGCUUAACAUACUUUUUUUUGUGGGGCCAAUAUAUAACAUGGCAGUUUUGACCAAGAUCUGCUUAAUUUAAACAUGUUCUGAAUGCUAGAUGAUGUAAAUACGUUCCCUUUUUCUACAGAGUGGUUUUGUCAUUUUUAUUUUGUAUUUUGUUUUUGCUAACUUAUUUUUGACUUUUAUAACUGAUUGUUGUGUAUUUGUAGAUGUUCCAAAUAAGUGUUAUUUUCUGUCCAAUCCUUGAAAUAAAGACCA